UUAGUUCUAUCGCUGGUGUUGGCGAAGCCGGACAGUCUCCAAAUUGUUUUGACUCUAACAAAAAUUUAACAAAAAGUGCGCAAAGACUUGGUCAAGAUAUAUUCCAAAAGUCCAUUAACCUCUCAACAGCAACAAAUCAAAACGCGAUUUAGCCAGAUGCCAGCAAAUACUACAUUUGCAUUUCCUUUUCUACACAAAGAGUAAUUUGCAUCACGCAUUUUUUCCAAUAUUCCAAUUAAUCAACAUACGGGAAGAAGACGGGCGGAAGAAAGAGGUGAUCAAGAACAAGUCGAAAAUCUCAACUUCCCCUCGGCAAUCCUGGUUUCCACAUCUCAUCCGCAUCCCAUCUCCUUCAGAAUUUAUGCGACUCGUGUCAACAUCGACCACAAUAUAUUUAGUUGUCCGCUCUGCAUGUAGCCCUCGUUCCUAGUGAGUAUCUCAUUUUUGCGGACUUUGAAAAACCUCAAGUCACGUGUGGAGCAGAUAUCUCAGAUUCCGGGUCACUUUGGAGUUUCGGCUGCAGAUCAGUAACCAAAAAUGACGCCAGUCGACCAUUUUUGGUCACUGACUUGUCUAAUCUUCGCAUUUACAUUGAUUAAUGCCACCCCAAUCAAUCGUCAAGUUGGUAUAAGCGAGAACGUUUUCAUCACCGUUCAAAACGACACGUAUGGCAUUGAACAGCGAGUUUGUUCCAUCGACUCGAUGACCUAUGGCGACGGGGAGACGAUUCCUACCUCUUCUCCAUGCGAGCACUGCAUCUGUCGCCCACCAGGUUUUGCCUGCACCAUUAUCAGUUGCGAAUAUCGACCAGGCUGCAAAGCUUUCAAGCGAUCGAACCAAUGUUGUCCAGAAUACCAAUGUGAAUGCGAGAAGGAGGGAAGGAUUUAUCAAAAUGGGGAGAAAAUCAUGGACAGCAACAACCCUUGCGAAGUUUGCUACUGUCAAGGAGGUGAAAUUGUGUGCGCUGUAUUGGACUGCUACUGGAGAAGCGAUUGUCAACCACGAUAUGUGGAGAGUCGUUGUUGUCCAUUGUACGAUCAUUGUCCACCAACCUCCAAUAUGGGACCAUUCAUGAGCAGACCAACGACCACCACAACCAUGCCACCCAGUUUUCCCUGGUUUAAUCUUAGCAACGCUGUAUACGAAGUACCCCACAGAACCACAGCUCCACCAACACCAGUCCCAAUAUUUUUGACGUCCAGAUCAACUGAGGAGCCUUCCCCCUCUACACCCACGCCAACUCCACCCCCUCAACAACAACCAGAACUUGUCAUCGCCACGGAAAAGAUACCCUUUGAAGUGAACAUUAUGGCUACUUCACAGGAACAUGGAGACGAAGAACAACAUGAAAACGUUCCAGAUGUGCUACAGUCAACUGAAACAUCAAAUAUUUCCCCAGUGACGGAAGAAGUCAGUUCUACAGUAGCAGGGUCAUCACCGGUAGUCGCAGAUGCAGAAAAUGCAGUCAUUCCCCCACUUGAACAGAGCAUCGUUACCCCAGAAGCCAGUCGGGAGCCCAUCACUGUGGAGCUUAUUCACAGCACUCCAAGCCUCCCAUCGCUACCUUCAACAACUAUUUUUUCAGCUCCCGUUAUCGCCAUUUCAAUUAUUCCCAGUUCCGUGGAACACAUUUUGGUAACCCAAGAGCCUUUGUUACUACCCGAAAUUGUGAACCAAGUUGUUGAGGAUAAUGUUGCCCCAGCAGUUGAAGAAAUUAUCACGCCGAUUGAAAAUACCGAGCACAAAGAGGUGGUUGAUAUUACGACACAGGAACCAUCCAUACCUCCAACAAGCCUUCCCCCAGUGGUAGUUGGGAGUGAAGAAUCGACACAUUCAUCAAUAUCUAGUGAUGAAGUUGCUCCCACAGAAAUCCUUGAACCUGUCGUGGAAACUGUUGUCAUCCCAGAAACUCCAACUUCAGCUCCGAUUGUUGUUUCCGACGAAGUAGUCGAAGUCACAACAACUGGUCCAGUACAGGUAGUAAGCUCGCAUCAAUCCCAGGAAACAGAAACAGUGGUCCCCGUAAUCUCAGCAGAAGAGCCAACAACUACUUCACCGAUCAUCGAAGACGAAACUUCUUCCAUCAAGGUUUACCCGGAAAUUCCUUCUUCAGUCAUGACCCCACCCGAUAGAGAAAGUGUUGUGCCAGAGGUGGAAAUAAUUACCGUAACACCUCCCCAACUGGACGUUUCUGUCCCCAGCGUGGAGAUGCAACCACCCAGCUCAGAAUCUGCAAUCCCACUCGAAAACAAUGACGAUCAAACCGUAGACUUUACCACAACAUCAUCAAUUGCAGACUCUGAGGAUGAAUUGAAGGAUCACAAUAUUUUACAGGACACUGCCAUCACAAUAUUUGCAGCUCCACAAGAAGACGCUGCUCAUCACGAAGCAUCGCUUGACGAGGUUUUACCAACCCAAGAAGUUCCUGUUCAAGAUGAGACUCAUGAUGAGACCGAAACCUUUUCUGGGACAAUCAUCACCACUACGCCUGCACAAGUCCAGCAGCAAGAAUUGGAAGUUGAACCCAAUUUUGACACUGCUCAGAACGCGGAACCUGAAGUGGUUACUGAAUAUCAGGAAUUUAUUACAUGGACUGGAGCCCCUGAAAUAGAGCAGCCAAAACCAGAAGUAGUGGCCCCUCCUGCGAUAGUUCCAUCUCCAUCUAAAGAAGUCGAUCAUCCCAUAAUUGACCUAAUUGAUGCAGUCCAUGAUGACGCCGUGAGUGAAACUGUAACGGUCACACCCAGUCAGACACACACAGAAUUUGUCACAACAACUGCUCCUCUCGCGGACGAACAGCAAUUUAUGAUUGAUGACGCCAUACAGAUUAACAAUGACGAGGUGCCGCAGCCAAAUCCGGAAAACACUAAUGCUCAAGUUGCUUUAUCAACAGAAGUUGAAAAACAACCAGAAUCGGUGCCACACGCGAAUCCUUUAGCCAACGAAGUGAACUCUGUUAAUGUGGACACCUUUGAAAUAAUACCUCCACAGUUAGAAAAUGAUGUUGAAAAUGUUCCAGAAAUACAAAAUCAAAUCAUGGAAAUUUCGAAUAAAGCCCCUUCCGAUGAACUGGGUUCGUCUUCAUCUUCGUCAAGCAAUAAUGAAGUGGAUUCCCAAAGUGACCGAAAUAGUGAUGAUGACACAAUUGAGAUAUUUGCUGCCCAAAAUACAAAUGUGAAUCAAGAUGAAUCUCAUGUAGUAUCUGAUGCGGUCGAUGCCACCACUGUAAAGCCAGUAAAACUAGAGCAGCCUGAACCGGAGGUUCAAUUGCAAGAUGAUGCUAUUACGAUUAUGGGGGAAAGCCAUCCGGUCGGCCCGAACGAGGACCAUCACGAAAUCGAGGAUGAAGAAAUUAUGCAUCCGGACGACCAACACGGAAGUUCUGAUGAUUCCGCUAGCACGACCCAAUCCUAUUCUCACGAUGAGACAGGGAAUGACGAUGAAUUGGUACAAAAAGCUGUGGAAUAUACAACGGUCGCUUCAAUCCAAGGAAAUUCCGAUGUUCAAAAUCCCCAACAUGACGACCAGGUUAAUGAUGAUGUGUCUCAAAUUUCUGACGCCACUACGGUCACCUCACUUGAUGACGAUGCGCAAAAUGACAUUCCUGCGACGACCUUGAACCCAAUUGUCGAGAAAGCUCAAGUCCUAGCUUCAAGCGAAGAGAUACACGCACCAGAAUCUAAAUUCAGACUGGAUCUUUCCGCUUUUGACCAUUCUGAGGAAAGCGGAAGUCAUGAAAUACAAAUUCAAUCGACCAGCAGUCCAACUGAACCGGAAGUUGUAUUUGAUGAAAGUCAGCAAUUGCAAACUACACAUUCUCCUCAAGUGGCCGAGGUUGAUAAGCAAAGAGAUGAAAGUGAAGACGAUGCUGUGACUUCGGGCUCAUUGAGCAGAGACGAUAUCGACGCACCUGUCACCACCACCCAAAAGUACCAAACAGGGGUCACUGAUGAUAUUACUCCUUCACAAAAUAAUGAUGACGUAGAAGGCAUUAACAAUUUCGAAUUUGACGAAGUAGCUGCCACCACAAUCAAUCCAGUUGCCAGAUCAGAAUCCCUUGCUGAAUCAGAGGCAGCUACCACAAUUGUCCCAUCACAGGAUAAGCAACUUCGAAGCGAUGAAAUUGCUCCUACAACGACAUCCUCAGUUGGUGAAAUAGCAGCCAACAACGACUUUGUUGAAGUUUCAACCAUUUCGCCAUCCGGAUUUGCCGCAGAAUACAGAGAAGAAUUGAUCCGUGACGAUGGCGAAACAACUCCUAUUAGUUCAGCAGCCUUCAAAUCUGAGACUAUUCCAAAUGACGAACCAGCAACAACCGUGGAGACACCAGUAUUUGAUGACGAUGUCAAGUCGGAUGAUGGGGUCGACAUUGUCACUACGAUUUCCCCUCCUCCAAGCAAUAAGGCCAAAUCGGAACCUGUUGAUGACUCCCCGACCACCGUGGGGUCCCAGAUCAAUAAUGACGAUGAAUCUUUGAAUGACGACGUCACUACGACAGCUCCCAUUUUGACAAACGAUACGACGAGUACUACUCCAAAAGUCACUAGAGUUAUUUCCAUUGACACGAUGCUAAUUCCUGAAAGAGGAGUGUCCAUCCCAUCCGUUUCAGACGAUAUUGUCAGAGUCAAGAGUGAUCUCGGUCGCUCUGACUUGCAGGAAGAGAAUGAUUCUUGGUUAGUCCAAACUGCAUUUAAAAACCGACAAAUCCACGGCCUGUUCCCCUCUUCUCGAAGUCAGAAGCGUUUGUUCAGGUCCAGGUCCCCGAGGGAUACUUUCCACGCAGGCAAUGGAUCUCGACAACCUUCUCCUCUCAAGACUAUUUUCAAAAAGAAUAAGAAAGUCACGUCGGGAGAUCCGCCAAAAAAACUCUACUUUCCCAGCAGGAGCUUCAUUUUCUAGCAAUGGCCAAUUAAAACUUAAUUAAUAUUUCAGUCCACACAUUAUUCAUCCACAUCACAAUUACUUACUCCGAGUGGUAUCUCAUUUUCAUUACGGAUUUCUAGUGAUGAUUAUUAAUUUUACAAUAAGGUUCCCUUUAAUUACGUACAUUUGCAAUAUUAGUCAACAGGUUUUGUUGUAGUGCUAAUAUGUAGUAAAGAAAGUAAUACGCAUUUUGCCAAAUUAAGAUUAAUGUGCGUGCAGUAAAACUGUCCAGAAUGCUAUGCAAAAUGAAAUUUGGGCUUCAGAUUUAUACAACUUGACCACAAUUCACAGUGUGCUAUAUAUAAAUACAUAUGUAUGGGUUGAUAUAUGUAAAUAUAGGUUAAAAACUACUAUAUUGGUGACUCGUUGGGUUUACAUAAUCUAUUAAUAAUAUUAUCUAAAGGGACGGACAGGAUGGGAUGGGACACUUUUUUGGUAUUUAUUACAUAAUGGCGACUGGUUUACAAAUGCAUUUGCUCGGUUGGUGGAUACUUAACUAAAUAACAGAUACUUGCCUAACACUCAAGGAUUUUGUACAGUUUAACGGUUUAACUUGUUCUUUUGGGAAAUUAAUUAUGUUUACAGAAUUACAGAUCAACAAAUGAAACAUGGGGUCAUACAUCUUAAGAGCAUCUUAAUUGUAAACUUCUUGGUGACAAAUACAAUAUGAUGACUACAAAUACAAAAAUUUACAGUUUUAACUUACACUAUGGAAUGAAAUUGACCAAAGAAAAUAACAGAAUACAUUAUUUCUCGGAUUAUUUAUGACAACCUCUGCUGCAAUUAUUAUUAUAAAAAAGAAACCCAAUAAAUUUGAUAUACGUAUUGUUGUUUAAAAAUA